UCCUCCUUCGUCAGCGACACCAAUGCCACUCGCUGCGAGCAGAAUAAAAGUAGCCCGGCUUAUAUCAAGCAGAAGGAAGUUCAAGAAAAAGCAUCUGUUUUUAAUAUGCAGUUGGACUUAACUGGGGCAAUUCCCAGCCUUAUAGUUGCCUUUGUCAUUGUAGCUAAUGGAGAUCGCCAGGGACGCAAAAAGUCUUUAGUUUUACCAUCAAUGGGAGCUUUGAUGGCUGGUAUUUGCCUCACUGUAAUAUCAUAUUUUUCUUUGUCACUCUCUGUCCUGUUUGCGGUUGCAUUUGUUACUGGACUGUUUGGGAGUGUGGCAACAUUCCUUGGAGGAGGCUUUGCUUUUAUAGCAGAUAUAUGUCAUGAUGAGAAGCAGAAGACAAUGCGAAUAGCUGUGGUGGAUUUGAUUUUUGGAGUUGUAUCUGGAUUGGCAGGACUGUCAUCUGGCUACUUUCUAAGAGGAAUAGGCUUUACAUGGACAUUUGUGACAGUAUCUUUGCUUCAUGUCAUUAAUGUUAUCUAUAUUCUAUUUUUUCUCGAAGAUACAGUAGGCGCAUCUGAAUUCCAGCACCAGGCGCCAGUAUCUUUUAAAGAACUUCUGAGAGAGACGUUUUCUGGAGUGUACAUGCUUUUUAAAACUGCCCCUUAUAAAAAGAGACUCUUAAUCAUUCUGUUACUUUUUACAUUUAUGACUUAUUUGUUUACUAUGGUUGGUGGGAGUUCACUUUUUACACUGUAUGAACUGGAUGAGCCGCUCUGCUGGAAUGAAGUGUACAUUGGAUAUGGAGCAGCUGCAUUCACUUCUGUCUCUCUGACCAGUUUUUUAGGAGUUUAUUUAUUUUCUAAAUGUCUCAAAGACAUUUAUAUUGUCUUUAUCGGCAUAUUUUCUUACGUUGGAGGCAUGAUCAUGGCUGCCUUUGCCAAAACUACCCUGCUCAUGUUUUUAGUAAGAGUGCCAUCUUUGCUCUUCAUUAUGCCUAUUCCUGUUCUCCGCUCCAUGCUGUCAAAAGUGGUUCUCACUAGUGAACAGGGUGCUGUGUUUGCUUGUGUUGCCUGUUUAGAAGUUGUGACCGGCACUAUUUCACUUUCGGUUUUUAAUAUUCUCUAUGCAGCUACUGUUGCAUGGUUCUCAGGCUUUUGCUUCCUCUUAUCGGCAGGCCUGUGUCUGAUUCCACUGGCUGUUCUGUGCUGGCUUCUGUGUACAAGCUGGAAUGGAGAGGACUUGGCUAUGCUUGUACCUGAAGAAGUAUCCAGCAUAGAGAGCCUUGAGAGUUGA